AUGCCUCCCUCCUGAGCGGCACCGCAAGGGGACCCGAGAGGAGGGACCGCGGCGGAGAGGAGGAGGGAAGGAAGGAAGGAAGAGCAUCGGCAGAGUGUCGGGAAGAGGACGAAACGGCCGGCAAGCAGCUCCAAGGCGACCUGCCGCCACAUGCUGUGCUCCAUGGCGAACUCGGGCUGUCUCCUCGUCUCCAAUUCAGGCAUGCUUCCUCCCUCCCUGCCCUGCCCGCCGGCCUUCCUCUACCUCCAACAGGGCAAUCAGGACGCCACGGCUCCUCCUGAAGCGAUGGCUCAGCCCUACCCCCCGGCCCAGUAUCCCCCACCUCCCCAGAACGGCAUCCCUGCAGAGUACGCGCCCCCACACCCCCACCCCACGCAGGAGUACUCGGGGCAGAGCACGGUACCAGAGCACGCCAUGACCCUCUACACGCCAGCACAGAGCCACGCCGAGCCGCCGGGCACCGACGCCAGCACGCAGUCCAUAGCGGGCACACAGACGGUGCCGCAGACAGAUGAAGCGGCGCAGACAGACAGCCAGCAGCUCCACUCCUCAGACCACACAGACAAGCAGCAGCCCAAGCGGUUACACGUCUCCAACAUCCCCUUCCGGUUCCGGGACCCCGACCUGCGGCAAAUGUUCGGGCAAUUUGGGAAGAUCCUGGACGUGGAGAUCAUCUUCAACGAGCGGGGCUCCAAGGGUUUUGGGUUUGUAACUUUUGAAACUAGCACAGAUGCCGACCGGGCACGGGAGAAGCUGAAUGGCACAAUCGUAGAGGGACGGAAAAUUGAGGUGAACAACGCCACCGCCCGCGUCAUGACGAACAAGAAGGCUGCAAACCCCUACACAAACGGCUGGAAGCUGAACCCGGUGGUGGGAGCCGUCUACGGGCCUGAAUUCUAUGCAGUCACAGGGUUCCCUUACCCCGCCACGGGGACGGCCGUGGCGUACCGAGGGGCGCACUUGCGGGGCCGGGGGCGCGCUGUCUACAACACCUUCCGCGCCGCGCCCCCGCCUCCGCCCAUCCCCACCUAUGGAGCGGUCGUGUAUCAGGACGGAUUCUACGGAGCCGAGAUCUACGGAGGAUACGCGGCAUACAGGUAUGCCCAGCCCGCGGCGGCGGCAGCAGCGUACAGUGACAGCUACGGCAGAGUGUACGCGGCCGCGGACCCGUACCACCACACCAUCGGCCCUGCCGCCACGUACAGCAUCGGCACCAUGGCUAGUCUAUACCGAGGAGGGUACAGCCGCUUCACUCCCUACUAGCAAGACAGACCCAUCCCCACAGUAUUUAACACUGACUGCUCACUAGAAACCAAACCAAACUAAGCCAGGGCAGAGCGUCCCGGAGGAGCGCGGCCCUGCCCGGGCCAGGGCCCUGCCCUGCCAGCCUCAGCAACCCAGACCUAUCGAUAGGUUUUACCUCAAGCCGCUCGUCCCGCGUCUCCUGCCUCCCUGCGCCCGCGUGCGGCCUGACCCGGCUGGACGGAGGCAGCCGUGCGUCCGGUCCUGCUCUCCCCGCCAUACAGCCAGCAGCCGAACCGCGGGGGAGAGCCCGGGCACGGGCCCCUCCCGGCCCUCCCACCCCAGGGCCAGUGCAGCGCGCAGCCCCCAGCCCUGGCCUCCUGCUCCCCGCGCGCCCGUGCUCACGGCAUCGUCUUCCAUUCCCGGGCCGCAGGGAGCACCAGCGCCCCACGGACAAGCAGCCCCGGCCCCAGGGAGCAUAGCGCUGGACCCGGUGGGCGCCUUGCAAGCCGCCCCGCAAUUGCCUCGGGGGCAGCACUGCCCCCGCCCGGCUCUCGCAGCUGCCCCCGAGGAGCUCCGAGCCCCCCGGCUCCCGGGAGGCUCAGGCCGCGGGGUGCCCCGGUGCCAGGGGUGCGGGAGCACUCCAGCCCUGCCUCGCCCGCCCCAGCCGUAGGGACCCCGACGCCUGCCGCUAGCGUGCGCACGUGGGGCAGGGGGGCGCUGUGCAUGGCUGCGAGGAGCUGGGCCCGGGGCGUGAGCCGGGCCAGCCCCGGCACUGGCUCCGUGCCCGCGGGCGAGUUCUGCCUUUCUGUUUCUGUUGUAGUGAAGCCGCAGCCGUCUCCUCCUGGGACCAGGAAGGGCAAACACACACAGUACAAACGCCCCUAAAACAGAGCAACAAAAAAACACACAGCAAGCAAGGCAAGGCACCAAGCGAGAGUCCCCUUCCGUCCACACACGCGCGGAGAGCCAGCGAGCCCCGCCGGAGCGCUGCGCCCGCC